AUGGGCCAAAACGCCAUGAAGUACGAUUCCUUACCUAUCAACCUUCUACAAUCCCGCGAACAGACCGUCCUUCUAGAGCGCCUCGACGAGUUACGCCAGCUUGGGCUUCAUCAUCAAGUAUAUUCACACAAGUUAGUUAUCUGUGGUGAUCAAAAUUGCGGCAAGUCGGCGGUAUUUGAAGCCAUCACCGGAGUCCCGCUGCCUGUCAACAAUGGAGUCUCGACGCGGUUUGUCGUCGAGGUGGUUCUUCGUCGGGCACCAGAUAUCAGUGCACAGGUUAAGAUCUGUCCCGGACCAAAUGCUUCCCCAGAUCACAGGCAUAAACUUGGAGUGUUCACUAGAUCGCAUAACUGGCUCUCGGAUAUCCCUAAGCUAUUUUCGGAAGCUCGCUUAAUAAUGGGCCUUACCCGUGAAGGGACGUACUCGGAGGACGUCCUGCACUUGGAGAUAUCCGGACCGACACUACCCAACCUUACUGUUGUCGACCUCCCUGGCUUGCUGUAUCUGCCCCGUGAUAAUCAAACCGCUGAAGAUAUUGCCAUGGCCAAGAAUCUCACCGAAACCUACCUACAAAAUCCUCGAUGCAUCAUCCUUGCCGUUAUUUCGGCAGAACGCCAGCUCUCAGAGCAGAUGAUACUACACAUGACAAGAUGUUGCGCUGCUCGAACGAUGGGCAUCAUCACCAAAGUCGAUUGUCUAGGCCCCGACGCCUCCAUUAUUGCUAAGAUAUACGACCGUGUUAAGCAGCAGAAUAACUCGCUUCAGCUUGGAUGGCACCUUUUAAGGAAUAUAGAUAGUGAAGGGCUCGAACGGCCUCCGAGAGUUACCCGUGAUGAUAUUGAGGAACUAUUCUUUGCUACUGUAACCCCAUGGAGAACUCUGCCUCCUCAUUCAGUCGGCGUUGGCGCUCUUCGCAGUAGGGUUCGUAAAAUCCUACUUGCCGAAGUAAAACGCAAUCUUUCCGUGCUCACAUCAGAUAUCAAUAUUGACCUUGAUACCCAUCGUACCCUGUACGAGAAACUUGGCUCUUCGAACAAUACUACAGUUGAACGUCGCGUGUAUCUGGCUAGGAUAGGAGAGAGAUUUCAAUCCCUUACAAAGGCAGCUAUUUAUGGGGAGUACCACGAUCCCUAUUUCAGAUAUCGUCCAACCCAUUCUAUAAGGCGUCUCCGCGCCACGAUUAGCAACUGGACUGAAGAAUUCUCCCAGGAUAUGAGAAAGCGUGGUCACAGUUAUGAUAUUUACGAUGAUGAUGCUCAAAAAGAAUCUCCUCCACGAUUGCCGGACGGACCACAGCCAGUGACGAGAAGAGAAUUCAUGACUGGCCUUGAAGAAUUUGUGAAGCAAAGCAAAGGCCGUGAGGUAUCCGGUCUGAUGAAUGCUCAAGUCAUUGGCGAGUUGUUUAUUCGAUAUUCUCUGAGGUGGAAGGCGAUUGCCAGAGCCCAUGUCUUUCAGAUGUGGACAAAGAUUAGGCAGUUUCUCAGCGACCUUCUUCACCACAUUGCUGAUGCUGGUGUUGGCGAAGCCUUAAUCCAUAAGAUAUUCAAUAUCGAGAUGGAGAAAAAGCUACAGAAACUGCAAGAUAAGAUCGAUGAGAUUGUAUCUCCGUUCAAAAAAAUCAUCCCAAUAAUCGUGGAUCCAGCGCUGAAAAUAAGAAUCUCCCAAAUACGGAGCACAGCUAACAGCGCCGAAGCUAGUAGUACUAGCUCACCUCACUCUGAGAUAUUGGAUUGUAUGCUGGCGUAUUAUUCAGUAUCUCUUAACAACUUCAUUAACAACAUCGCUAGUCUCGCUGUUGAAGGCUGCCUUAUAGAUGGCCUGGAGGACAUGAUCACUCCGUCUAAAUUUGUCCAGAUGUCUGAUGAAGACAUUGAAGUUAUUGCAGCUGAGUCUGAAGAUGUUAAGCUUGCUCGAUCAAGGCUCGGGAAACAGGUUCGGAUGCUUGAGCUUGCUGCGGCAGCAUGCACCCGCUGUGAACUAGUUGCUCUCGAAACUAUAUCAAAUACAUACCGAAUCUCUACUGAGUCAAAGGAUAGUGAAAAAAGCACUGGCUCUGGAGCGUCUUCACCAGCCUCAGUAACAUCAGGAUCCGAUACUGAAAAAUUUCCAGGGAGGCCGGAGCAACCCCCAAGACCUUCAAGCAGGCAAAACCACCAUGGGCAAAGUGGCACAUUAAGACCAUUUCCCUCGCAAUCCAUGCACCAAGAUAAACAACUUCUUACCAACGCCGUUUACAGGCCUCCUCCAGCUGGGCCGACAUCCCCCGCUCACGACAAACUACCUCCGUUUUCUCAGUCCCGAGGAGAUCACCGACGUGCCGACUCAAAAUCUAAGCUUGGAAAAAUUACGAAAAAGCAAAUGUCAAAAUUCGUCCCUUCAAUUUCCGAAGAGUGA